AUGGCGACGAAGACAACUGCAGUGUUAGAAAGUAGCCUAACAGCUAUGGACUGGCUACACCGAAUUAAUGUAGGAGAAAAUAAAGGUGUACAAGGUCAAUCUGGUAAUGAAAUGGAUGAAAAUGAUAAAAAAGGUGGCCAUCACUCCGGUCAACACGACGGUAAUAAAAAUGGUGCAAAUGGACCAGAUGGAAAACCUCCUUAUUCUUAUGCCAACUUAAUCAUGUUGGCAAUUAACAGUUCCCAGAGUAAAAUGAUGACAUUGAGUGAAAUUUAUCAGUGGAUUUGUGAUAAUUUCUCAUAUUAUCGAGAUGCUGGUAACGGUUGGAAGAAUUCUAUUCGUCAUAAUCUCUCGCUGAAUAAGUGCUUUCGUAAAGUGCCCCGUAGUAAAGAAGAUCCUGGCAAAGGUUCUUACUGGACGAUCGAUGCAGAUCCGCAAGAUGACGCUGGAUCACGCUUGAAAUCCAGGAAGCGUAAAUCAAAUGAUCGCCACAAUCAUAUGCUUGAUAUGAAAAUGAUCUCGUAA